AUGAUCGGGACCAACGAUUUGCGGGGCGAAUGUGAUGCGUGCAGCCUAAUCUCGGACCUGGCCAUCCUACUAGGGUGGCUCACACUUUAUGCGCAGAAGGUGGUGAUACUGACGCUGCCUCCCAUUGCGCUGCAUCACCGUCGCGGAAGAAGCUGGCAAACAGUCAACAGGGUCAACCACUGGAUCACUCACUGCGGAAGCAGUGUCACCAUGCCAGUGGAGAUCCAUCGACCUUUCGUGGUACGGCGGACGAAAGUGCGAUUUGACAUGUAUGCUAGGCGGUAUGCUGGCAGAGGACGGCAGGACUUGGUCCACUGGAGCGCGGUUGGCAUGGACGCCGUCGUGGGCUUACUGCACGUCGCCCUGCUGUGA